AUGGAGGACGAGCACAAAACAAUGAUUACACAGCUCACCGAUUUGGACGACCAUGCGCUGGACGAGCAGGCAGGGCUGUUCAUGCAUCCGCGGCACAAAACACUCAAGGCAGGGCAGACGCCGCGGCCGCUGUCCCAGCCAUUCUUUCAGCCGCAGCAGGUGUUCCCAGACGUGAUGAACGUGAGUGCCAUGGUAGAGCGACAGGAACAGAAGGAACAGAAGGAGCACCAGCAGCACCAGCAGCAGCACCAAACGGAGAAUGCACCGAAUGACUCACCAACACCCACAGCCUUGGUGGGCAACAGGUCGUCCGGUGCUGUAUCAAAGAUGAAUCCCGCUGGUUCUUCUUCGGCUGUUGCUGUUGCCCUUGCUGCUACUGCUUCUGCUUCUGCUGCCCAGGACCCAGUAUCCACAACGGCUGAGCCGAUGAACCUGGCGCUCCCGGCGCCCAAGGGCGUAGUCGGAGCUGGAAAUACCGAUGUAUUGAAUGUGGGUUUAGCGGGCAGCAUAGGAAUAGGGCAGGCGCGCUCAGGGCUGCGCAGCGUGUCCCUGACGCGGCUAGCAGGCGAGGGGUCAGAUGGACUAUUGCGGACCCUAGGCAGUGGCGAGUCACUCGUGCGUGACGGGGCCAACAAUGCGUGGCCAGAGCGGCGUGGACGCACGCCCAAUCCGCCAGCAUCAAGUGACACAGCCGGGUAUCUCCAGCCUGCACUGCGCAGCGGCACACCGGUCGAGACGCCUAUAGAGGAGGGCGACCGGCAGCUCAGCGUCGAGACCAGCCGGCCAAACAAGGCAGGGCGCAAGCCCGGCAAGCGGGCAGGGGACCGCCCUAUGCAAGGAAAGUCCAGCAGGCUGUUUACGCGGCGCACAGCGGCAUCGAGCCGUGGCAGUGAGGAGGACGGCUCGGAUGAGAACGAGCAGUUCAUCUACCGCAACUCGCGCAGCAGCCUGCGUGUCAACUCGAUCCCCGAAGAGCCAUACGACGAGCGCGAACCGACUGGCAAGCGGCGCAGCAACCGGCACCGGCUGUCGACAUAUAUGAGCGGCGACCGGCGGCUCAGCUCGGGUGUGGGACGCAUGGGUGCGGCUAUGGGAGCCAUGUCAUCGAUCAGCCAGUACCCGGCGUAUGGCUCCAGCCCGGCAUACGCUGGUGCAGGCGCCAGCUCGGGUAUGACCACAUCGGUAGGUGGUAUUGGACCGGGCAGCCGGUCUGGCCGGCGCGUUGGUGGUAGGCAUAUGGUGCGCGGCAGCAGCAGUAACAACGGGCACCGUUUCAGCAUUCUGACACAGUCCAACAACGAGUACGGCGAGAGUACCGAAGAGAGCGAUCUGGACGCUGAGCCCGCGGGACUGCGGUCUACGUACAACACAUAUGCGCGCCGCAACAGCCGCAGGUUCCACUCGAACGUGUACUAUGGAUCGUCUGAGGAUCUGCCGGAGACGACGCCCCUGUUCCGUCGUCACACCGGCCAGCGUCGCAAAAAGGCAGGCAUGCUAACCCAGCUGCUACGUGCCAUGCUCAUGUCGCUUGCCAUUCUGGCUUCGCUGUUCGUGCUGGCUGCACUGUUCAACUACACCUCGGCGCCACUGGCUGAUGUGGAGGCGAUAAAAGUGUCUAAUAUCCUGGCUACCGAAAAAGAGCUAUUGUUUAUUCUGCAUGUCAGGUCGACUAACCCUAAUAUCCGCGAGGUACUUGUCGAGCGUGCUGAAAUUGGCGUUUUUGCCGGCGCCGCCAUUGCCAAUUCGACAAUAUCGCCACCUGCUGGCCUGCUGGCCACCAACGAAACGGAGCCCGCGAUCCUGCUGGGCAACGUGUACGAGCUGAGCGACCCGAUGCGGUUUGCCCCAGGCUCGUUCCGCCUUCCCACCACGGGCAUCAAGACGACACAAAUCAGUAUUCACCACCCGGGCGCCUCGAUCGGCAGCGGCGACGGUGACGAUGACGACUCGGAUUCAGGCAGGUGGAGACGGCUGCUCAAGGGCCCCUACGACCUAACCAUCCGCGGAACUCUGCAGUACACCCUGUGGCAGAAGAACUACGCUGCCCGCAUCUGUAUUGCUAAGCUGGCUAACUCACCUGCCGAAAACUCCACGAUGAGCACGUUUGUAACUGCUGCUGGGCUUGGGUGUGAAGAGCGCGAUGACGAUACUAUUACGCUACCACAUCCCCCUGUGCUGCCGUUCCUGAAAAUCUUCGGCCGGCUCCUUUGGGCCCGCUGA